GUGAGGGGGAGAGAGAGAGAGAGAGCCGCCCUGGGGCCGGAGGAGGAAGGUUGGACGGGCGGCUGAUGUGAAGGGAGGAAUAGAAGGGAUUUUGCCGCCGCCGCCGCCGCCGCCCGGGGAGCAUGCCGCCUCAGUCCCGCUCCGGUCGGCGGCUGCUAUUGCUGCUUCUGCUUCUCGCUUUGCUGCUACUGCUGCUGCUCGGGGUUUCCGCCCAGCGACCCCGCGGCGGGCACCGGGAGCCGCGAUUCGAGAGAUUGGAGUCUGUUCUUUCAGACUAUGAUAUUCUUUCAGUAUCCAACAUCCAACAACAUUCAGUAAGACGAAGAGAUCUCCAACCUCAAUCCCAUAUAGAGAAGCUUGUUAGUUUUUCAGCGUUACGUAGGCAUUUUGAGUUAUAUUUAACGUCAACAGCAGACCAUUUUUCAAAAAACUUCCAAGCCCUUAUUCUUGAUGGCCGAGGCAAUGAAAGAGAGUAUCAUGUACAAUGGCAGGAAUUUUUCACAGGCCAUAUUGUUGGUCAGAGUAAUUCCAAAGUGAUCGCUCACAUAGGUGAAGAUGAUUUCACAGUGAGGAUCAACACAGAUGAUGAAGAGGAAUAUAAUGUUGAGCCCUUAUGGAGAUUUCUCAACAACACAGAAGAUGGAAGGCUUUUGAUAUAUAAAUCUGAAGAUAUUAAGGAUAUCUCACGAUUGCAAUCCCCCAAAAUAUGUGGUUAUGUCAAACUAGAAGAAGAGAGUCUUUGGGGAGGAGGGCUCAAGGAUAAUCAUGUAACUAAAGAAAAUGUUCCUCGGAGGAGAAGAGCUAUUCCAGACCCCUUGAAAAAUACUUGCAAGAUGUUAGUGGUGGCAGAUCAUCGUUUCUUUAAGAAUAUGGGCCGUGGGGAAGAAAGUACUACCAUUAAUUACUUAAUUGAAUUAAUAGACAGAGUGGAUGACAUCUAUCGCAAUACCUCGUGGGACAACGCCCAGUUCAAAGGAUAUGGCAUACAGAUAGAGCAGAUUAUUGUUCAUAGUGAGCCAGAGGAUGUACUUCCUAAACAAAAACACUAUAACAUGGCCAAAAGUCAGCCUGAUGAAGAGAAGGAUGCCUGGGAAGUCAAGCAGCUGCUAGAGCAAUUUAGUUAUGACAUAGCUGAAAAAGCAGCUACAGUGUGCCUUGCUCAUCUGUUUACAUACCAAGAUUUUGAUAUGGGUACCCUCGGAUUAGCUUACGUGGCAUCUCAAAAACCAAACAGUCAUGGUGGCAUCUGUCCAAAAGCUUAUUCUAAUUCGAUACCAGGAAAAGCUGUCUAUCUUAACAGUGGCUUAACCAGCACAAAGAACUAUGGCAAAACGAUCCUUACCAAGGAAGCUGACUUAGUUACUACUCAUGAGUUGGGACAUAAUUUUGGAGCAGAGCACGAUCCUGAUAGCAUGCCACAAUGCGCUCCCACCGAAGAUCAAGGAGGAAAAUACGUUAUGUACCCUAUUGCUGUCAGCGGGGACCAUGAAAACAACAAGAUGUUUUCGAACUGCAGCAAGGCAUCCAUUCUUCAGACCAUACAGACUAAAGCCCCAGAAUGCUUCAAAGAACGGACCAACAAAGUGUGUGGCAAUUCCAGGGUGGACGAAGGGGAGGAAUGUGAUCCUGGCCUCUUGCACCUUCAGAGCGAUCCGUGUUGCACAUCCGACUGCAAGCUCAAGCCAGGCGCAAAAUGCAGUGACCGAAACAGCCCCUGCUGUAAGGGAUGCGAAUUCGAAAGCGCAGAUAAGAAGUGCCAGGAAGCUAUCAACGCAACCUGCAAAGGGGAAUCCUAUUGCACAGGGAAUAGUAGUGAUUGUCCUCCCCCUGGGGACGCCAUGGAUGACACGGUCUGCGUGGAUUUGGGAAAAUGCAAAAAUGGCGAAUGCGUCCCUUUCUGUGAGUGGAAGAUGGACCUCCGUUCGUGUGCUUGCAAUGAAACAGAUAACUCCUGCAAAAUCUGUUGUCGGGAUAAGUCUAAGAAAUGCGUCCCUUAUCGUGAUGACGACCAGAACUUCUUAUAUUUGAGGAAGGGGAAGCCCUGCACUGUGGGGUUCUGUGACACGAAUGGCAAGUGUGAUAAGCGUGUGCAGGAUGUGAUUGAACGACUUUGGGUUUUCAUCGAUCAGCUUAGCAUCAAUACGUUUGGGAAAUUUUUAGCAGACAACAUAGUAGGAUCUGUACUUGUAUUCUCCUUGGUAUUUUGGAUUCCUCUCAGUAUUCUAGUACACUGUAUGGACAAGAAAUUGGACAGGCAAUAUGAAGAAAACACCAAAUCUCUGUUUGGUCCAAGUAACGCCGAGAUGUUGAGCAGCAUGGAUUCGGCCUCCAUCAGAAUCAUCAAGCCUUUCCCCGUUGUGCCGCCGGCAAGUCGGCACCAGCCUUUGCAGACCAUCGUGCCGGUGUCUGUGGCAGCAGCGCCCCCGAAACUGGAUCACCAAAGAAUGGACACCAUCCAAGAGGAUCCAAGCACAGACUCCCACAUGGAGGAGGAUUGCUUUGAGAAGGACCCUUUCCCCAACAACAGCACAGCUGCCAAAUCGUUUGAAGACCUGACGGAGCAUCCGGUCACCCGGAGUGAGAAAAACUCUUUCAAACUGCAGCGCCAACAUAGAGUAGACAGCAAGGAAACCGAAUGCUAGUCUCUGCCUUCUUGGCUGAUGAUUCUCCUGCGCAAAAUUAAGUUCAGCUAGUUGAUCUCAAGCCAUUUCAUUAUAUCCUCUGCCUCUCUGUGUGUCUGCAUUUGUAUAUUGAGGGGAAAAAAUCAAGGAAGUGACCAAUUGCAGAUGUUAGCCAUAUGAUCUUCCUGACAUCAGUAUAUGAAAGAGUCCAGCCUCAAAGCAUAAAAAGUGAGGUCAGAUAUAUUGAGUUUAUUCUGACUCUUUGGUAUUCUCAAAUUGAACCUACCCUUCAGUGGAUGGAAUCAAGCCAUAAUCUCUCUGACCCAGGAUUUCUGUAUCUUUAAGUAUUUUUAUAACGUGCCUUCUUGGUAUUAAACAGCGCUGCUAAGGGAGAUUUCUUUUUCCCCUUCCAGAAUAGUCCUUCCAAAUAAAUGAAGUCGUCUUUUAUUAAAGAAUUCAGGAAUGCUGCUAAGCAGUAUUUUUUUUUUUUUUUAAUGAAAGAUGAAGAGAACUUUUCAAUUUAAUUGGUUAUUAGGAAAGGCUGAGAUUUCAGCUAAAUUUGAAGGGAGUAUCGUAGCCCAAUUACUUCAAUGCGAAUCUUGGAGUCUGAGUAAUGUUUUCCGAAUAAACUAUAGUGGGGCUUUAAUUACACUGUUCUGAUCGGAACCCGACAAGAA